AUGGCGGCCCUGACGAUGCUUGGGCAGCAGCAUGAGGGGAACAUCAAGUCUGCCUACACAAAGCUUAUGGAGGCUACCGCGGCGAAGCAUGCUGGCAACACGUGCUGGCCGGUUGAGUGGUUCCCAGAACAUUUGCCCCUGGAGAACUCGGCAGGCACCAGUAUUUACUUCAAUCUGCAGUCUGCAGCCAAUCCCUUGAGCUGCCUUGAUGGAGGCCAGUGGCCACCUGUGGACAACUCGCAGAUACAGACGGAAGAUGUCCUGGUCUUCUCCGACAGCUACGGGUACUGCAAGGACAUCCUGUCUCAGGCGCCGCCCGGGCGCAUCGGCAGCAAGAGCGUGCAGACCAAGCCUGCAGAAAAGUACACGGAUCAGGAGGUGCUGAAGCUCGUGAGCGGCAGCUCCUGGGAUCUCAUCAUCUUUGCGCUGGGCAUUGACUUGCCAGCCAGCAAUGAGCUGAAAGAUGUGCACAAGCAGCAGGAUGCUGUGAUGAAGGUCUUCUUGACAAUCCUCAAAAAGCUUGCGGACGAUGGCUCCAGAUGUAAGCGGCUGUGUGUGCUCACAGCCGACAUCUUUGCAGAGGAACGAGAGAUCCAUGAGGAGGUUGGUCUGGGUCUCAUCACCAAUGCCAACCUCUUCGGCGCUUGCAACACGGCCAGGUACGAAGUGCCGUGCCCCAUUCAGUACAUAGACACCGAGUGGGCAUUGAGGGCGGAGAGGAUCCCAUACCUGGCGGCGGAGAUUUUCCGUCAUCCCUCCUUUGGCCAUAACUCUGUGCGGCUCCUCAACAAGGGUCGCUAUGUGCUGCGGCAGAUGUCGUCCAGACCGUACAUGAGGCAUCCUGAAUGGCAGCUGCCGGAGGAUGGUGUUAUUGGCAUCUCUGGCGGCAACGGCGCCCUGGGGCUGGUGAUGGGACUCUGGCUGUUGCAAACGGCACAGAAGCAAGGUGGCAAGAAGUUCAGCAUCAAGUUCCUCUCCAGGUCCAUGAAGAUCAGCGAUCAGAACAUGCCGAACUGGCAGGAGAUCCAGGCGCUGGCGGAGUCGCUGGGCAUCCACGUGGAACAGGCGAAGUGCGACGUGGGCAAGCAGGAGUCGGUGGAGGCCUUCAUCGAGAGCGCCACUCCCAACCUCACAGGAUUCAUCCAUUCUGCUGGUAUUCUGCAGGACGCCAUGCUCAUCAAUCAAACUUGGGAGAAGUUUGAUGCGGUCUACGAGUCCAAGAGUCGCGCUGCGGCCUUCCUGCAUGCUGCGCUGGAAAAGCUGGAGAACCCGAAGCUAAAGUUUCUGUGGCUCUUCUCAUCAACUUCUGUCUAUGGCAACAUGGGCCAGCUCAACUACUCGUCCUCCAAUGCCUGGUUGGACGGACUUUCACGGCAUCGCAAUGCGCUGGGAAAGCCCUGCAUGGCGCCGCAGUGGGGUGCCUGGGGUGAAGUCGGCAUGGCUGCUAACCUGGACGACGCAUCCAAGAGGCGUAUGGCAAUGAGCCCAAUGCCGCCUUUUACCAACGCUGAGGGCCUCUAUGGCAUGGAGUGUGGCCUCAGGAUGCCAAGUAGUUGGAGCUCAUAG